AGGGAGUGAUAGAAAGGGCGGAAGGUUUAAAGGCAGAACUCUCAUAGUACACAGGGGGUGUUUUGUCUUUUUUUCUGGCAUAUCUGUGCAUGAGGCUGGCGACGAUGCUUGCGGUUUUGAGGGCGGAUUUUGAUAUCGGGUGAGGAGGGAGGUGUGGUAUUUAGAGCAUAUACAUAUAAGCCAUUAGUUGCGAAUGAGAGAUGCAAUAUACGAUGUCUAUAUGAACUAAAAAUAUUGCAUCAAUUUCUAAUGUUCUUAAUGGGAAGAAGCCUGGUCCCAAUACCCUUAUGAAGACUGCAAGUCCAGAUGAUUUCCUAGGCGGUGUAGUGCAUCUACCGAAUCGACCCGCUAAAGACGCUAAUGACGCAUACAAGCAUCAAUUCUUCAACCUGGUCACGCUAUCGAGAGUGUCACCCAUCUCCUCACAUCUCUCUAUUCCUUAUUCUGCUUACAAAACUGGUAAUAUCGUUGAGGUUUCUGGUUAGGCGUUUUUUUUUUCUUUCACCAUUUUCCAGAAGGAAUAAAGGCUUGGGUCCGAGUGUGAGUCACUGUGUCUUGCAAUAUAUUUCUG